UUGACCCAGAACGGAAAUCGAACGGAAAAAGAGCACUUCUCUUUCCUUUCUUCUUUCAUUUAUUUAAAUCUCUUCAUGGAUCCAUUAUUCCCUUUUGGUUUUUCCUGAGGCGUUCUUUUAUUUUUCCAUUGCUCCAUUAGUUUCCUUCUCCGUCUGCACUGGACUCCACCUGUGUGAUUCAUCAGUCUUUUCUCGCCACUAGGUGGGGCUGUACUAUGUUGGUUUUGGAAGUUCUCUCUACAAAAACAUGCAGUCGCACACCUGCACACGCUCACAAACAGAGGGGGGACACGGUGAGCAUUGGACUAAUGGCAUGAAUAACGACAAAAAAGUCCAGAAAGUCCCCGAUACCAUUACGAAUUUGGCCUAUCCUAGUUUUAUAAGGGCACACUUUUCUCAGGCUAUUAAAGUAACUUUUACUGUGAAUUUGAAAAACACAAACACUGCGUCAAUGUGAUCCUGUGCAUUCCAUAUCCCCAUCCAUGGGAUCUUAUUCCAUAACUCAAAACGACGUCUUUUAAUCCGGGCCAUGAGCGCUGGGAUUGGCUAAAGGCUUUGUAGCCUUAAUGUAGCCUAUACCUUCUGAAGUUUUAUUGGCGGCCAACAAACUAAAACAAGACCCCGUGACUGUGUCAACAAUCCCUGUUCUAUUGACACAGACGUCGGACAACAUCAACAUGUGUUUACUGUCCCGUACGUGUGAACAAGGCUGCGGGCCGUGGGGAGCAUAGAUCCGCGGCGCAUAGAACGGCCUCUCUUGGCGAGGGCUGAAAGGGGGACUCCGUCUGAAAAGGGUGGAGGGUCGAUCUAUUGUUUCUAAUUCUGGGUUCAGAGACCCGGGGCGCUGUUGUAGUGUGUUUUAUUUCUCAUGUUAAUUUCACCAGUUUGUAAGGCAUUAAUUAUAAAAGCUUGAUAAUCCUGAGAUCUCUGUUGGCACCAUUGGAUGGCCCGCAGCCCUGCUGUGCGGCUGCGUAAAGUGGUAGUCACGCUGAUAAUGGGUCUGGGGAAGAAACAACAGUAGCCCGUCAAUCAAACGAUGGUUAAUUGUGACUAGAAAUAAAAAAUACUAAAUGAUGGGGGAAAAUUCUCAUUUGGACCAAUUGGUCUUAGUUGUUCGCGGGUUAGUUAUUUCAUUACUAAAUUGCAUUUAUUGAUCGAUUUCUCAGGGCGUCUAAUACUCAAGCGUUUUGCGCCACAGGUGGUGCGAUGCUUAAUGAGAUUAUUGCUCUGUGUGUGUGUGUGUGUGUGUGUGUGUGUGUGUGUGUGUGUGUGUGUGUGUGUGUGUGUGUGUGUGUGUGUGUGUGUGUGUGUGUGUGUGUGUGUGUGUGUGUGUGUGUGUGUGUGUGUCUAGGGGGAGGGGGAGAACCUAGGGGGGUAGUUAGAGAGAAGUUGUGUCGUGUUCCAAAGAGAUGCUCGCAGUGUCGAGCAUCACAUUGACUACAUUGACUCCGCCAGGCGCUCACAUACAGACCCAGUGGUGUAGGAGACUAGAGCUCUUUUCUUUCAUGGAAAUCAUAAAUGAUUGUAAAUGACGCGUUAUCUCAUUUAUAAUUGUUGGACACGAAAUCAUAGUAGGCCUACCGGCAAAUAACUGUAAAAAGUGAUUUGCUCCGGGUUUGUGCGCGCCAGGGUUACUUCAACGUGGACCUGUUGCGCGUUUGCUUCAGUAGCCGAGUUUGCUGGGCUGUGAGCUGGACUUCACUGGACUAACUUGCGUCAGUGACUUGUGGAAUCUAGCGGGAUCUGAUGGUUUAACGCUGUUUAACAACCGCAGCGCCGCCUGCCAGAACACCUCGGAGUGCGGGGCAACAACACCGGAUGAUGUCUUAUCAUCUUAAAUGACUUUUUCUCCCCUUUACUCUCGCUUUUAAAACAACUUUCCAAGCGUAUCCCGUCGCUGAUUCCAACAUGACAUGGUUCAAUUUGCCAGGUCGGGAAUUGAUUGACUUCUAGGGCUAUUUGAGUGUGCGUGGACAUGGACCAGCCGCAACCUUCAGUGGUUUAAGCAGCGCUCGCCCGGGGAGCUACGAUGCGGGCUCUGGGAGCCUUCCUUCAGUCCUGCCUCGUCCUGCUGAUCCGGGCCGAUCACUGGAGGCUCAAGGACUCCGCCAACUGCGAGCUGAAUAGGAAACAAACCGACCUCAACUCCUUCCUCUGGACCAUCAAGCGUGACCCCCCUUCCUACUUCUACGGCACCAUCCACGUGCCCUACACCCGCGUGUGGGACUUCAUCCCCGAGAACUCCAAGCAGGCCUUCCAGGAGAGCAACAUUGUGUACUUUGAGCUGGACCUCACCGACCCCUACACCAUCUCGGCUCUGACCAGCUGCCAGCUGCUGCCGCGGGGGGAGAACCUCCAGGACGUCCUGCCCCGGGACAUCUACAGGCGUCUCAAGAGGCACCUGGAGUACGUGAAGCUCAUGAUGCCCUCGUGGAUGACGCCGGACCAACGGGGGAAGGGCCUGUACGCCGACUACCUGUUCAACGCCAUCGCGGGCAACUGGGAGCGCAAGCGGCCCGUGUGGGUGAUGCUGAUGGUGAACUCGCUGACGGAGGCCGACAUCAAGACGCGGGGCGUGCCCGUGCUGGACCUCUACCUGGCCCAGGAGGCGGAGCGGAUGAGGAAGAGGACGGGCGCGGUGGAGAAGGUGGAGGAGCAGUGCCACCCGCUCAACGGACUCAAUUUCUCACAGGUGGGUGUUCUUUUAUAGAAUAAUAAAACUGCA